AGUCACUUCAGAUCUCAAAUCAUCACAGUCAUGCCACAUCUGGCUCUUCUCUAUUUGUGUUUCCUGCCCUUGUCCUGGGCUGCGGUAACACAAAUCGUAGAAGAAGAACCACCAUUCCCAACCGCAACCAAUGGACAGCCCUUCCCCUGGAACAAGAUGAGGCUUCCUGAAUCCGUUUCACCCUUCCAUUACAGCCUCCUGAUCCACCCCAACCUCACCAGCCUGGACUUCACCGGUAAUGUAAAGAUCAGACUGGAUGUUCUGGAGGACACUCAUACCAUCGUCCUCCACAGCAAGGGCCUCGACAUCUCCAAAGCGGCCCUGGUGGAUCUGGCCGAGGGGCAGAGUCAGGUUUUGAGGGUGCUGGAGUAUCCUGAGUACCAGCAGAUCGCUCUCAUCAGUGAUCACAUGAUGCUGAAGAGGAACGAAGUGUAUGUCAUCGAGCUGGAGUUCUCAGCCAAGCUUUCGGAGAGCUUUCACGGGUUUUACGUGAGCACGUACCGCACCAGUGAUGGAGAAGAACGAGUGGUGGCAUCUACCCAGUUCGAACCGACCAGUGCGCGAGCCGCCUUCCCCUGUUUCGACGAGCCUGCCUUCAAAGCCAAUUUCUCUAUCCGUAUUCGCAGAGAGAGCAGACACAUCUCCAUAUCCAACAUGCCCAAGUUGCAGACACUGGCUCUUCCGGGAGGCUUGUUUGAGGACCAGUUCGACGUGACGGUGAAGAUGAGCACGUACCUGGUGGCUUUUAUCGUGUCUGAUUUCCUGUCCAUCAGCAAGAACACUGAGCAUGGAGUCAAGAUCACGGUGUACAGCAUACCAGAGAAGAUCAAUCAGGCUGAGUUUGCUCUGGAGGCGGCAGUGAGGCUGCUGGACUUCUACGACGAUUACUUUGACAUUCCAUACCCGCUUCCAAAACAAGAUCUAGCAGCCAUUCCAGACUUCCAGUCAGGCGCGAUGGAGAACUGGGGUCUGACCACGUACCGGGAGUCGGCUUUACUCUUCGACCCCCACAAGUCCUCGGCCUCCGACAGGCUGGGCAUCACCAUGAUCAUCGCCCACGAGCUCGCCCAUCAGUGGUUUGGGAACCUGGUGACCAUGCAGUGGUGGAACGAUCUCUGGCUGAACGAGGGAUUCGCUAAGUUCAUGGAGUUCGUAUCAGUGAACAUCACCAACCCUGAAUUGCAAGUGGAGGACUAUUUCUUGGGGAAAUGCUUCGAGGCGAUGGAGGUGGACUGUUUAAGCUCGUCUCACCCUGUGUCCACCCCGGUAGAGAACCCGGCUCAGAUACAGGAAAUGUUUGAUGACGUCUCCUAUGACAAGGGCGCGUGUAUCCUCCACAUGCUGAGGGAGUUCCUCACCCCUGAGCACUUCAAGAUGGGCAUCGUUAAAUACCUGAAACGUUACAGCUACCAGAACACCGUCAACACUCAUCUGUGGGAAAGUCUGACUACCAAGCAACACUCGAAGGAUGAGGUGGACGUCAAGGCUAUGAUGGAGACGUGGACGCUGCAGGAGGGCUUUCCUCUGAUCACAGUGGAGGUCAGAGGUCGGGAGGUGCGCCUGAGCCAGGAGCGGUUCCUCAAGGGUGAGGACGUCUCCAAAACCUCCGGAUUUCUCUGGCACGUUCCACUGACCUACAUGACCAGCGGCUCGAACACAGUGCAUCGCUUCCUGCUGAAGACCAAGACAGGUGUGCUGUACCUGCCCGAGGAGGUGGACUGGAUCAAGUUUAACGUGGACAUGAGCGGAUAUUACAUCGUACAUUACGCCGGAUCGGGCUGGGACGACCUCAUCUCUCUGCUCAAACGCAACCACACGGCGCUGAGCAGCAACGACCGCGCCAGUCUCAUCAACAACGCCUUCCAGCUGGUCAGUGUGGGGAAGCUGCCGCUGGACAAAGCUCUGGAUCUGUCGCUGUACCUGAGCCGGGAGACGGAGAUCAUGCCCGUGACUCAGGGCCUCAGUGAAUUAGUGCCACUCUACAAGCUGAUGGAGAAGAGGGACAUGGAGGCUCUGGAGAACCAGAUGAAGAGCUACAUCGUCCAUUUGUUCCGUACGCUGAUAGACCGGCAGACGUGGAGCGACGACGGCUCCGUGUCCGAGAGGAUGCUGCGCAGUUACUUGCUCAUGUUCGCUUGUGUGAGGGGUCACGCUUCCUGCGUCUCCAAGGCCACCCAGCUCUUCAACAAGUGGAAGGAGUCUGACGGCAACAUGAGUCUCCCUAAUGACGUCAACAUGGCGGUGUUCGCGGUGGGCGCUCGCACCGAGGAAGGGUGGGACUUCCUGUUCGAGAAGUACCGCAAAUCCCUCUAUACCUCGCUGAAGAGCCGAAUCAAGUCGGCUCUGUCCAUCUCGCCUCUGGCUCACAAACUCAAAUGGAUGAUGGAACAGAGUCUGGAGGGGUCGGUGAUGAAGAUGCAGGACCUUCCGUACGUGGUGGUGAGCAUCAGCAGGAACCCUAAAGGUUACAAACACUCUUGGGACUUCCUGAGGACCAACUGGCACACGCUGGUGAAGAAGUUCGACCUGGGAUCUCACUCCAUUGCGCACAUGGUGACGGGCGUGACCAGCCAGUAUUCAGAGAAAGAGAAACUGGAGGAGAUCCGCGGAUUCUUCGGCGCGCUGAACCCCGAGACCGGCUCCGAGCUGAGGUGCAUCCAGCAGGCGAUGGAGAACGUGGAGGAGAACAUCCGCUGGAUGGACAAGAACCUGCCGCUGCUGCAGGCCUGGCUGGACAAGAACCACCCCGACCCGCAGAAGCGCCCGGACCCGCAAAAUCACACCGAUCUGUGAACAGCCACUAUAGAUCAGGGGGUGCGAAUUUCUUCACGCUGGACCAACGAGUUAAGAGCGUCCACGUUCAGCAAGCUGUGAAUGUACGUCGCUGGUUUUAAGGACACUGGAGUAAAAUGAUUCUAGUUUUAGCAUUGUUUGGGAGGGUAAAGAUGUUUGCACUAAAUACAGGAGCGACAAAUACACUGGUUUACCUUUUUCGGUUCGGUACCCCGUUGUGCUUCUAAUUUUUGAGAGUCCACCUGUAUGGUUUAUUGAUUUGUGUUGUAUUUUGCGGUGUGUGUGGUUGUAAAUGUAUUUUUAAUGAGCACCGUCAGGCAGCUUUGUGUUUCCUUCAGAAAGUUGAACUUAAGCACCAUUUCAAUCAAAUUUAAAUAAAAUUUAAAGUGAUACACA